GAAGAGAAACGGGUCUGGCUUUUUCCCGACAGUUCUCGUCUUCAGGCCCACAUUUGAGGUAGCUGAGUUCAUCCUUCAAAAGAAGAUAGAAAAAGUAAGGAAAAUUAAGCAGCGAAUAGGAAACCCACCUCGAUUAUUAUCCAAUGAUGAUUACUUCUGCAGGCUUUGGGUGUUUCUCCAGAUCACAGAGUUGAGGAAUUCCCAGUUGGGAAUUGGAGUGGUUCCGGGAGUUGGGUCUGUUACAAUCCAUUUCUGGUGCAGUUUCUUCAGAGAGGGUUUGCUAGAUACCAUUAUAUCUGCCCAUCUUUCACGUUCUCUCUGUAAUGGUAUGAUGUGAUGUGAUGUGAUGGUUCUUCAAUGGCAAAGAAGAGGUGCUGCUUUAAUCUGGUGAGAAGACUCUUUAUUUCAGAAUCCAAGACUGAACCAGAGAAGGAGGAGAAGAGGUGGAGAUGGUGCUUUGGAAAGUUUAAGGUGAAGCGCCUUCAUGUACUUGAAGAAGCAUCAACAUCAAAGGAGAAGACACCAAGUGAGGUAGAACAAGAGCAGAGCAAGCAUGCAGUGACUGUUGCAAUUGCAACUGCAGCAGCUGCUGAGGCUGCAGUUGCAGCAGCUCAGGCUGCUGCUGAGGUUGUACGUCUCAGGGGAACCCCUCAAUCACAUAAUCUAUGUGAGGGGAGAAGCCAAGAAUGGGCUGCUAUUAAAAUUCAAACUGCAUUCCGUGGUUACCUUGCAAGGAAAGCAUUGCGUGCAUUGAAGGCACUUGUGAGGCUCCAAGCCAUUGUUCGAGGUCGAGCUGUGAGACGCCAAGCAAUGACCACUUUAAAGAAUUUGCAGUCCCUUGUAAAGAUCCAAUCACAGGUGUGUGCAAAGAGACUUGGAAUGGAGGAUAAUUUGACAGAAGAGAAGAAAGAGUUGAUGGUGCCAAAUAAGGAAUCAGAAGACAUUGAAACAAGGUUGGAGCAGCUCAAACUGGAAAGUCAGAGAAGAUGGGAUGACAGCUUGCUUUCUAAGGAAGAAACUAAUGCUGUGUUGCUAAGCAAGCAAGAAGCCAUGAUCAAGAGAGAACGUAUAAAAAGAUACUCAUACAGCUAUCGGGAGAGGAGACGAACAGAACUCGAACCAAAUAAUGUAGAUGGUGUGUUCAGUGAUUGGUUGGAACAAUGGGUGGAUGCCCAAGCAUGGAAAAGGAAACAACUAGAGAAUUUUGACCGAGUCGCCUAUUUAGAUGCAAUCGACAGAGAAAUUGAGGGAGGAAAACUGCUUAGAUCAAGAGAGCUGCAAAAGUAUGAACAAUUAGAAGGAUUUAACUCCCCAAUGUUGCUCCCAAGGAGAUCAUUUCAUCAAUCAAAAAGGAGCUGUGUAGAAAAUGAUCCUUGUUCUGGCUUUCCUUCUCUUCCAAGUUACAUGGCUGCAACCGAAUCUGCCAAAGCGAAGGUGAGGUCAAUUAGCACACCAAAGCAAAGGCUGGGAGCUGCAGAUCCUUACUCUGAUCAUGGUUCACCAUCUAAGCAUGGAUUUUCCUUUUGUUCUUCAAAUGGCAGUAGUGCAACUUGUACCAAUAGGACUACCAAGCCAAGUUGUCAACAGAGGUCUCCACGCAUUAAAGGUAUACCAGUUCCAAUAAAAUCAUACCAGCCAGCCAAAGACCUCAGCCUUGAUUCUUUAUUCUCAUUGCCAAAUUGGGACCAACACAAAGCAUUUCGCUGACUUUCUUCCAAGUAACCAUGUCUCAUUGAUUGUUGGAUUGUUUACCAAAUCCAAUACUAUAAUCCAGAAGCUUCAAGUUCAAUACAUUAUGGUUUCAGAAAUGAUAUCUUAGAAAGGACCUUAUAGAUAUCCUUAAAACUUGAGUGAAGCAGAAUCUCUUAUUGGUUCAGUGAAGAGGGACUUGUGAAUAUCUUAUUAUUUGUUGGUCCUUGAAAAAUUUAUGAGGAAAUUUAAUUUCUGAUAGGGUCUUUUCUGUUUCAUUUUAUUUUAUAUUUUUCUAGGGGAAGGUUAAUUGGCUUGUGUUCAUUUAGUGGUGUAAAUUGCAGAUUGCUGAAAAUUCUUUGCAGAAGGUUUGGCGGGUUC